AUGAACGAGUCGCCCGUCGUUGUUGUCCAUCACAAAAAGAAGCAGAUUGUCAAGAUCGCUGCCGGAGAAAAUCACCUGGCUAUGCUCAGCGAACUUUACGGAAUCGGGCGCAACGUCGACAACGCUCUCGGCCUCGGCACAUACAACGCCAAGGAGGACGACGAGAAUUGGAAGUACGAUGAACUCCAGAAAAUCGUCAUACCUGGAGUUAGUGCUGGGGUGACGGCAAAGCUGACCUGUUCGGUGGCCUGGGAUCGCGAUGGCAAGGGCUACGCUUGGGGCGUCGACACUUCUGGUCAACUCGGACUCGGUAUCACCGACGAUGAUGACAAGGUUGUGCCAACGCCUCGUGAGAUCAAGUCCGCACACCUGGACGGCUACAAGAUCAUCUCGGCUUCGAUCGCCGACAACCACACGCUGUUCCUCGCCAAGAAAAUC